AUUUGACAGCCGUGAGCUUCAGUCCCACUAUGGCGUCUCAUCAAAUCAGGAUGGGCUUUUUCUACCGCCUCCUGUACUGGAAUUUAGCACUCGCCAGUGGCUUUUCUACAUCUGGAUUUAUGUGCUGAAAGACGUCAAAUGUAGGCGAAAUGAAGGACGAGAAAAGCACAGCGCGGUCGCUCCUCCAGAGUGCCGACACGGAGCGGAGAAAUGCAGCUGAUGUGGAGGAUGGCCGGGCGGGCAGAGGAGCAGCGCUGAACCCGGUGCUGCAUGACCGAGCCACCGCACCGACAGCCCGAGCAGGAACAGGAAUACGCGUUUUAAAGCGUAACAUGAAGAGGAAUGGCAGUCGAGGCUGCGUGACCCGGAAGACGCGGUUCGGCUCUCGCGAGCGGGACUGGCUGAAGGGCGACGCUCAUCGAGGGUGUGUGUGCCUCUACGGGGCCUCGGAGCCUCAGCCUCCACCAUCGGGCCCCCAGACCUCCACCACCCCUCAGCCAGACCUGAAGCUGGUGCUGUGCUCCACCAACACCACCGCUGAAGAGCUCUGUGCUCAGAGAGACGUGCAGGGUCUCUACCUGCAGCUGCACGGGGACUUAAUCAGGAGGCUGGACCCCUCCGAGCGUCCUCUUCAGAUGGUCUAUGAAUACCUGACUGCUAUGGGCUAUGAAGACCCGCUCCGUGUCCAGCAGGAAGCCGCCAACUCGGACCUCAGCUGCAUGAUCCGCUUCUACAGUGAGAAACCGGUGAACGCAGACCAGCAGGAGCGGACUCUUCUGAAGGGCGUUUUCAGCGUCAGGAAGGGAAAGACACAGCUCCAUAAAUGGGCCGAGCGGCAGGUCAUCCUGUGCGGGACCUGUCUUAUCGUGGCCUCUGUCAAGGACAGCCUGACUGGCAAGAUGCACAUCCUACCCCUGGUCGGGGGAAAGGUGGAAGAGGUGAAGAGGAGACAGCACUGUCUGAUGUUCAGCUCCGCCGGCCCACAGGCCCAGACCUACUACGUUAACUUCGACACGCUGGCCGACUACCAGCGCUGGCAUCGGCAGGCUUCUAAAGUGGUGUCUCAGACUAUAAGUCUGGUGGAUUUAUCCUGCUACAGUCUGGAGGAAGUGCCCGAGUAUCUCUUCUACUGCCAGGACGUCACACACCUCAACCUACGGCACAACUUCGUGAGGCUGGACGGCCCUGGAGGACUCAUCAACUUCAACAGAUUUGCCCAGCUAAAGAGCUUGAACCUUUCUCACAAUGGUCUGGGCGUAUUCCCGGAGUCGGUGUGUGAGAUCCUGACACUGACAGAGCUCUACCUGUCCUGCAAUGGUCUCAGUGCGAUCCCGGCCCACAUCGACAACCUCCAGAGCUUACAGACACUGUGUUUGGAUGGGAAUCGCUUGGAUUCUCUUCCAGAGGAGCUGGGCAGCCUCGUGCAGCUCUGCAGCUUGGGACUUUCCUUCAACGGGUUUCCUCACAUCCCCGUCGUGGUGGAGCGACUCUGUGCCCUGGACAAGCUGGCGAUGGCUGGGAACAGGGUGGAGACUCUGAAUCUGUGCAGUCUGCUACGUAUGAGUCACAUUAAGAGUAUUGAUUUACGGUUAAAUGGCCUCCGCUGUGUUAAAAGUGAAACUCUGGAGCCUGUAAAACAUCUCACCCAGCUCGACCUGAGAGACAACCAGUUGACCUCUCUAGACCUGAGCGCGUUCUGCAGUCUGGAGACGCUGCAGUGUCAGCGAAACCAGCUGGGAUCCCUGACGCUCAGCGGCUUCACUCUGCGCACACUCCACGCCAACAACAACCGUCUGACCACGGUGAACAUCUACCCUGUUCCCAACCAACUAACACAUAUGGACCUAUCAAGGAAUCUCCUGGAAUACCUGCCAGACUGGGUGUGUGACAGCAGGAAGAUUGAGGUGCUGGACGUCUCCCAUAAUCUGCUGUCUGAGCUCCCAGCCAGACUUCUUAGCAGUCUGAGUCUGCGUAAACUGCUGGCUGGAAACAAUAGGUUGGAGAGGCUGGCUGACCUGCUUGACCACAUCCCACUGGAAACACUCGACCUGCAGCACAACAAGUUGCGAGAACUGCCAGAGAGCUUCUUCUACAAGGCCUUAAAUUUAAAGUAUCUGAAUGUGUCUGCCAAUGCACUGGAGACAAUCCCGCCGAGCAGCCAAUCAGAGGAGAGCCUCAGCACCCUGCAGGAACUCUAUCUCACAGGAAACAACCUGAAUGAGAACUGCGCUGCUCUACUGGUGGGGCAUCAGAACCUGCGGGUCUUGCAUAUGGCUUAUAACCAACUGCUGUCCUUCCCUGCUAGCAAACUCAGUAAACUGGAGGUACUGGAGGAGUUGAAUCUGAGUGGGAACAAGCUGAAAACGAUCCCCUCCACUGUGUCCAGCUGCAAGAGACUGCACACCCUCAUCGCCCACUCCAACCAUAUCAGCGUGUUCCCAGAGGUCCUCAACCUCCCCGAGAUCAAGCUGGUAGAUGUGAGCUGUAAUGAGCAGACGGAAAUCCUGUUGUCAGACUCUAUGCCUUCCACACUGCAAGAGCUGGACCUGACCGGCAACAGUAACCUCAUGUUGGAGCAUAAAACGCUCAACCUCUUCAGUCACAUAAGUACAUUGAAGCUGGAUCAGAAGCCAGCCGUGACAACAGGAGACGCACAGGGCACGUCCAACCUUUGGGAUCAUGGUUACGCGGAAAUGUGUGGUCAAAGAAACAAGUUGUGUGUGUCUGUGCUGGCUGUGGAUCGCUUCGGGGACAGUCCAGAGGCUGCUUAUGGGAUUUUUGAUGGUGACCGUAAUGAGGAAGUUUCCAGGUUACUGCAAUGCACCAUGGGAGAUGUAUUGGCAGAGGAGAUACAGCACUCCAGUGUGGAUAGUGUAUACAUGUGCAACACUUUCCUUACCUCUCAUAGGAAACUUGGCAUGGCAGGCCAGAAGCUAGGUGCCUCUGCUCUACUUUGUUACAUCCAUCAUGAGUCCUCCGAGCCUGGCAGCUACUUUAGCCUCACUGUGGCCAACGUAGGCACCUGCCAGGCUGUACUGUGUCGUGGUGGGCAACCUCUUGCACUCUCGAAAGUUUUCAGCCUAGAACAGAGCGCUGAGGAGAUGGAGCGUGUCAAACUGGCUAAAGCUAUUAUCACUGAGGAUAACAAGGUGAGUGGGGUGACAUGCUGCUCACGGUUACUUGGCUGUUCCUACCUGUUUCCUUGGGUCCUUCCCAAACCCUGGGUGCACACAGAGCCUUUGUGUUCCCAGGAUGAGUUCCUGAUCCUAGGAAACAAAGCACUCUUCCAGAAGGUUUCCUACCAGGAGGCAGUGAGCACUGUGUUAGCUGUCAGAGACCCCCGCGCUGCUGCCAAAAAGCUCUGCACGCUGGCACAGAGCUAUGGGUGCCGGGAUAAUGUUGGAGCAGUAGUGGUGGCUUUGCAUAUCGGAGAAGACAGCUGUACGUGCGAGCCUCCUCUCUUGACCGCAGAAGCCCGAGGACCACCUGCCCCGACACCUUUACCGAUCUCUGUCUCCCCUGGUGACCCCGCCACACCAUCAUCUAGCAGCGGCAUUGCCUCUGAGUUCAACAGCGAGAUGUCAGCCUCAGAAGUGGGCAGCGAGGCUGGGUCCACUGCCUCGGAUGAGCACCCCUCUUCAGGACCAACAGCUCGUCCCGAGCGUCGCUGUAGUCUUCAUCCUGCUGCUACCUUGUGUAACACGGGGCCGCUGGCGAGUCUGGGGCCAGGGGCGCACCCGGCUCUGUUCCAGCGACAACCUUCCAGCGCCACUUUCUCCAGCAACCAGUCAGACAAUGGGCUCGACAGCGACGAUGAGGCUCCUUUAGAAGGUGUCAUCUCAAACGGGAGUAAGCUAGAGGUGGAGGUGGACAUUCACUGCUGUGCUUUUCAGCUGCGCUCUGGACCACCCGAAAGUCCCAAGGACCUGGACGGCCGCCAUGAUUUGAGGGGCUCGGACUAUCCCAACAGCAAAAUGCGUCGGCAAAACAGUGUUGUGGUUUCUGCCACCAACGGCUGCCUACUGGCUGUAUGUGGGCGAGAGAUCUCGGAUCUGAAGAAGUCUCCUUCCACCUCCAGCCUCUUCGGGAAGAAGCUCUCCAAUGGCUCGGUAGUGGCUCUGGAGGAUAGCCACAACAUCAUUGAAGUAGCACUCGAGGCCCCCAAAAAGAAAUCGGGAUAUUUUGCCGCACCAGCCCAGCAAGACCCAGAAGACCAGUUAAUUAUACCGCCUAGUCUGGAGCAGGAUGUGCGGGAGCAGCUGAGAGGCCAGAGCCCUGUGGUUCCCGGGCCACCGCCUCCUUCAACACCACCCUCAACAAGAGACCCCAACUGGGACCAUCCUCACCCCACCGUCCCCGGUCUCCACCCCACCACCGUCCUGCAACAGGAUGUCUAUGACACGGCUCUAUAGUGGGUGCAAGUGGGCCGCACCGUUGGAGCAUCUCCGCAUCAUAGUGCCACAUCAAAGAGGCUAGCACGCACUUCCUGCCUUCGAGAUGUUCCAGUUCUUAUUUAGCACCGUCAUCACGUGUGGGUCCCUGCAUGUGCAUUCCUGAGCUGAUCUGCGGUGGCGUAGCCACCUCCGAAGGGUGGAAAUGGGUGCAAAUGUCACGACCGAUGAAAUCAAGAAGAUUGAGGUCUUUGAUUGAGGAAAUACAUGGGCUAUUCCUGACCAAAAACCACAGCAUGGAGCUAGAGUACCUCAUUCAUCACCAUGCGCGAGUUCAUUUCGACAUUCGCCCUUUAUAUCAAAGGUCACAGGCUUAAGUAGGCUUCAAUGAUCACAUUUGCCUUCUGGUGGAAAGAUACUAUCAGCUAAACUGAGACCAAAAGAUGAGAAAAGUGCCUCUUGACCAUGGUUGAGGUUCUGAGAGCCUUUACUGUUCUGGUGUACGUGCAGUUUUGUUCUUCUACCUUCCCAUUGUGGAAACUAGUCAGUAAUCUGCACUUUUGAAGUCCGUGAGGAAUAUUUCUGAGGGUCAAAAGGAUCUCUUCCCCAUCUGACCUGCUGGUAACAUCCCGCUCCAUUUCAUGGAAAAAGAGUAGUUGUUGUGAAAAGAUGUAUUGUUGAAAAAGACCAGAGCUUUCGCCACCUCCCCUGAUCUCCUCACUUGUAUGCAUACGGGAUCUCCCAGACAAAGCCAUGGGGGUCUCUGGAUCACUCUGCGCGAUAGAAGAGUACAAUGAACCCAACGUGUAACGUUCGAGCCCUGACAGAUCUACCUGGAGAGGGAAUCAGCCUAGUGCUGGAGGUCAGCGUGAGAUGGAGACAAAAACCUCUACUCCUUAGUACAUCCAAUACUCAGUGGAAGCAUUGUCACACCUUUAUGGCUACGGUCAAUUGGGGAGCAGAAAGACCUCAUAACUCUGUCUGAAAUCAUAACUUGAGCUGUCUCGGGUUGUACUUGAAGUUUCGAGUGUGCCAUGACUACAUGACAGAGCUCAUACUAUAAAGCCUCGAGCCAUGAAAAUGUCAUUGGGUCUUUGUAGUAGUGUGGUUUUGCUGUUCUGAGUGAGUUUGGGAUAUUUUCUCAUCUCAUUAUCAAGGAAAAAAGUGAACAGCUGACAUUUUUUUUUGUAUGAGAGGCACAGGGCAUAUGAUAUCAUGUAUUGUGUGGUGUGUGUGUGCUCUAUUUUAGCCAUCCAUGGUACGUAUAAGGAAACAUGCUGGUUAGAGUUUUGUUUUAUUUUAAUAAGGGGACCAGAGGAAAAAGAAGUAUUAUUGCAUAUGGGGUCAUUUGAGUUUGUAAUUGCCACAAUCGCAGUAUCAAGACGGAAUUCUGUGCAGUAAAACACUGUGCCCGUGGUUUGAGGAGA